AUGCUAUUUUAUUCAUUUUUCAAAUCACUGGUUGGAAAAGAUGUGGUGGUGGAAUUGAAAAAUGAUUUGAGUAUCUGCGGUACAUUACAUUCUGUGGAUCAAUAUCUAAACAUGAAACUGACGGAUAUCUCAGUGACCGAUUCAGAGCGGUACCCACAUAUGCUUUCCGUCAAAAACUGCUUCAUUCGUGGAUCCGUGGUACGGUAUGUGCAACUGCCUGCUGAUCAAAUAGACACCCAGCUGCUGCAGGAUGCAAGUCGGAAAGAAGUUAUGCAAGCCAAAAGAUCCGCUACAGCCUGA